UUGUUGAUGAAAUAAAGCAAGGUGAGAGAAAGGAAACGAAUUUAGUCAUUAUUUUCGAUUACAUUAUUCCAGAAGUUUCUCAGUACUUACGUUUCGCCCUUUUGUUCUUACUCGAUGUCAUGUGAAAUUGAAACUCGGCUAUGAUUCAUCUGGUGAUGAAAUACAUCAUUCUGGUGUUGAAAUUAGUUCUCAAAUACAUCUUUGAAAAAAGGUUAACAAAUAAAAGACAAUGCAAAUCUCUGGUUAUGUAUACUUCUCUCCUCCAUACUUUUGAAAGGAACACAUUCAGAGAUGGGUGCUUUGAUUUGUUACAAUUCUACUCUUGAAGGUACCAGGCUUAAAUAUUCAGUUAUAAAAAGUAAGUUCGUUCAGGGCGAGAUGAUUGAUUGCCUUAUGGAAUGUGUCACUGAGCCAUGUUGCAGAUCAAUCAACUACAAAAACAAUUGGAUGUUUGAAAACGAAACAAAUUGCGAAAUGUUGCACAAUAUGGUCUACACUGCAUCAAAGAAAAUGCUGGAGAAAAACUCCUCUUAUGAUCAUGCAUAUCUCAUUAAUCCAGCAAAGGUGUUUAAUAAAAGUUGUAUGCCAGAAAUUGACGAGUGUGCGCUGGGAACUCACAAAUGUCACUCGAACGCAAUCUGCAAUAACACUAUUGGCUCCUACGAAUGUCACUGUCGCAGAGGUUUUGCAGGAAAUGGGAAAAUAUGUUCAGUUCAUGAACUUGAUUCUCACAUAUUGUCAGCCGAGUCCCCAGAGUUUACAAGACUAUUGGGAGAAUGGUUGCCAGAGACAGGGAAUUGGAGCGUCUGCUGGCGGAUAACUAGAGACGGGAAUAAAAGCGCGACUUUUCAACAGAAAUGCAAAUCUAAAGUUCCAACACUGACAGUUGUAAAAGUUCUUAAAGAUAAUAAGUCUUUUAUAUUUGGUGGAUAUGCAGCAGCUAGCUGGACGGGAAAUAUGGGUGGUGUUAAUGCUCCAGGUUCAUUUUUGUUUUCAUUUCGAAACAACGGCGACCUUCCCCCGUUUAAGUCACAUUGCAAAGAGGCCAAAUGCAAAGAUGCAGUACUUCGUAACCCAGAAUCUGGUCCUAAAUUUGGGACUGGUCCAGAUUUUUCGAUUUCCGACGGAUCACUUUUCCAACCAAAAGGUGGUGAAGGGAAUGCCGCAAUUUUUGGUGUCAGCUAUAAGCCACCGUCUGGAUACGCAGACAACACAAGAGAAACACAAUCGCUGCUUACAGGAAGCUACAUUUAUUUUACUCCGUCAGAAGUUGAGGUAUUAUAUUUGAACUAAUCCAAUCUAUUCGUAUAUUGAAAACAUAAACAACAAUAUAGAAUAUAAAAGUUGUACUGCAAGCGUAACAAAUUUCACGUUUCAAAGAGAUGUAACAAACUUUAGAAAUAAGCAAAGAUGUAAGCCUUUCACGAACACGAGUAGGAUGCGCUUAUAUCAUUCGUAUAUAUUGCGAAAACAUUUAUACGUAUAAUAGACCUUAUGCAUAAUGACGUCAGAAGUGGUGAUGCUUGCUGGGAAUUCUGGUCUUAUUUGUCACUGCAGGAAACGUUUUGUUUCGAAAGUUUUUCGCCCUGACUACCAAUCGCGCUUUGUAACGUCAUUAUUAUAUUAAGAAUUAUAACUUUAAUUUAGAAGCAAUCGCUAAGGGUGAGUACAAGUGAUCCUUUUGCGCACUUUUGCUUAUACUCUCACAACUGCGCAUGCUUUCCAAUUUUCAUUAAUCAAGUUUAGACAGACAAUGCCAGUGAUUGUAAAGUUUCCAAUCUUGAGGGGCGUUGAGUGCGCAAUGGAUCACUCGCAUGACACGUGUCUUUCCUCUCGCUCGUCCAGCCAGUAAAUUUAGUUGUAAGUUAACUACCUUUUAUACACUCGGCCCGGGUGUUAGUAAUAUUGUGCAUGAUUUAAUUUUAAAGAAAAUGUAGAAAUAGACAGGUGUUGCGAAGUAGGCAUUUUUUAUAUAAAUGUUCACAGUGCAUGAAGUGUACAUUUUGCACGGCAACUGGCGUCCAGUAUGGGGAUCGUACGCCACAGCACAUUUCAACAAACUUCUCUCAUUUCAGCAAACUAUCUAACCUACUAUCUGUGAUAUUCAUGAUUUAGUAAUUCUAAAUAUUUGCCUAGGUAUUUAAUUUCGCGUUUUUUAUUCGCUCGACUUUAAUUUCGCAAUUUCAAUCCCAUAAGUACGAAAAAGAUGUAUUUAGGCCAUCGUUUAUUAUAGGUAAUUAUAGUUACCAAAGUCGUCCAGACGGUGCAUGCCAAAUAUAGUGUAUUAAUUUUAAUGAAUUGAUUAUUUGAUGUCGUAUAUAGACAUGAUGCAGUUACCCGAUCAUCCGAGCCAGAGGCAUGACUUACUACACAUUAUA